UCUUCCAGCUGAUAAUCAAACCGCACUCGCCCACAUUCCACGUACAAAGAAGAGCAGCAGUGAGACACGUACGUGUCGUGUAUUUGUGGUGCAUAGCAUACGGUGAAAGCUGUCUAGGGGCAUAUAUACACGGCGCCGGAGAUGGGGACGGUGCAGGUGCAAGGUGUGGCGGCGUCGGGGAGGAUGCCGUCCAUGGAGGCGGAGCCAAAGACGCUCACCCUCGAGCAGCUCAAGUACGCAAGGGAGGCGGCGCUGUACGUGGUGAGCACGAGGACGACUGAGGAAGCCAUCAGGAUCUUCACGGAAGGGCUCAAGCCAGUGCGGGGCGUGCGGAAGAUGGGCUCCUCCAUGACUGACUCGUCGGACGACGACGUUGAGCUCGGCUCGUCGGAGGAUUCGACGCCGCGCGGUGGCGGCGGCACGGGUUGCCGCCCCCACGGACGCUCCAUCAAGAGAGACAUUGCCACUGCACCGUUCUAGUUUGCGUGUGUUAGUUUGAACUUCUACCUUUUCUACGGUCAUUUUUCCCUUGGCCUAGUACUUUAGCUUUAGCAGCGGCUGGUUUAGCGCGGCAAAUUUUGGGGGGCGUCCUGGCCUAGAGAGGGCUACAAGAGACGUGAAGCUGGCCCGCGCGGCUAGAAUGCCGUUGUUGCGUGCGUGUGUGUACAUAGCAGCAGACUACUUCAGUUCUUUGGCUUCAAAUUCUCCUCGCGUCCUUUCAUGCAUGUAGAUUCUCACGGGGCAUCCAAAGUUCUCUGUUUGUACUCUUUUUUUUCUGCAAAACGCACAGGCAAAACGCCGGGGGCUGUUUGGUUAUCUGCACCCUUGUUAGGGGCUGUUUGGUUAUCAGCACGCUGCUUUCCGCAUUUUUUUUGGAAGCCUGGGUUAUGUUCAGCAUGUCGUUUGGUUGCCUGAAUUUAUCAUAGUCUGCAUUUUCU